AUGGCGAAUAAGAUUCGCUCAAUUGUGAGUAAAAAUAAGCGUCGGUAUCAAGAAGAUGGCUUUGACUUGGAUUUGACCUAUAUUUAUCCAAACAUAAUUGCCAUGGGCUUCCCUGCUGAAUCCAUCGAGGGUGUUUAUAGGAAUAACAUCAACCAAGUGGCACGAUUUUUGGACCAACGACAUAAAGACCACUACAAGGUAUAUAAUUUGUGCAUAGAAAGAUCCUAUGAUACUGUCAAGUUCCACAAACGUGUGGUAUGUUUUCCAUUUGAGGACCACAAUCCACCACGCCUAGAGCUAAUCAAACCCUUUUGUGAAGAUCUGGAUGAGUGGCUUGGAAAGGACAGGAACAACAUUGCUGCAAUACAUUGCAAAGCUGGCAAGGGGCGAACAGGUGUUAUGAUCUGUGCUUAUCUCCUGCACAGAAAGCUUUUUGCUGACUAUAAUGAAGCUUUACUACAUUACGGUCAGACACGGACCAGGGACCAUAAGGGUGUGACCAUUCCUAGUCAGCGUCGCUAUGUCUGGUACUAUGGAUAUCUGAUAGAACGCCGACUGCAAUACAAACCAGUGACAUUGUUACUGACUGGCAUUGAAUUUAUAAAGAUACCAAUGUACAAUGGAGGCACCUGUAGUCCCGUGUUUGAGGUGUACCAGAAUAAAGUAAAGGUGUACAGUUCAAAGGUGUAUGAAGACUUAAAGAAGGGUCAGGACAGGGAGUUCAUGGGAGUGGAGUCAUCUGUGCCCCUCUGUGGGGACAUCAAAGUUGUAUUCUACAACAAACCUCGCCUGAAAGGAAAGGAAAAGAUGUUUCAAUUCUGGUUCAAUACCUUCUUUGUCAAUGUGGAUGGGUCAUGUAGUGACCAUCCCAAUGGAACUAAAACCUAUUGUGCUGGAGAGAUGACUCCAUCUGACCACUCCAAGCGUCUAAACAUGACCUUAAUGAAGGAAGACUUGGACAAAGCCAAUAAAGACAAAUCACACAGAUUAUUCAGUCCAAACUUUCAGGCAAAGUUGCACUUCAAAACACCAGACCCUGAAUUCCCAAGGAAUGGCAAUAGUUUGAGUAACAGCCUGACAGUUCCAUCUCAUGUUCAGCCUGGCAGAACUUACGUACGGUCGCCUACAUUUGAUGGUUUUUCCACGUCGCUAAAAGACAGUACACAUUCUUUACCGACGUCCACCAUGGAUCAAGCGAAUCGCUCAGUGUCGGAACUUACACUAAAGGACACCCCCCUUAACAGCCGUACUCAUCAUUCACUUAGCCAUAGAAGCGCAGAAAGUGACACAGACAGUAGUGAAGUACUUGCAGAUACACUCAGUGAGAAUGAGCAAGAUGAAAAUCUGUCAGACACUGAUACUGAUGAUGAAUGGGAUGGAGAAAAAACAACGCUUGUAUAGCAUGUGUGAUAUUUAGUCUUUGGAGUUGCAGGAACUGAAUAAGUGUGAAGAACGUUCUAAUAUAGUGGAUAU